AUGUUCGUUAAGUUUAAAACAAUUGGGUCAGUAUCCAGGAAUCUAAAAAUAGAACAGAUCAAAGCGUGUGAUGACAGUGUACCACUGUGGCCGACGCUAAAUAUUAUGAGGUCGAAAGCGCUAGGCAGAGUUUUGUUUGACCAAGUUUGUCGACAACUACAUCUAUUGGAAGCUGAUUACUUCGGGCUGGAAUAUCAAGAUGCUAAUGGAAGCAAGGAUUGGCUGGAUGUGGAAAAGCCGAUGUGUCGGCAAUUGGGGUUGUCCAUGCUGGAGCCGACGCUUCGUUUCUGCGUUAAGUUCUACACGCCGGACCCGGCAAGACUCGAAGAAGAAUUCACGCGGUACCUCUUUUGUCUCCAAGUGAAAAGAGACCUGGCGCAAGGCAGCAUACAGUGCAAUGAGAAUACUGCUGCGCUUAUGGCUAGCUACAUCGUGCAAGCGGAGUGUGGUGAUUACGUUCCCGAAGAUUAUCCGGAUCACACCUAUCUUAGCGGUUAUAAGUUUUUUACCGGACAAGACCCCGAGUCCGAAAGGAGAAUAUGCGAAAACCACAAGAAACAUAUUGGCCAGAGUCCCGCUGAAGCCGACUUAAAUUUACUAGAGACAGCCCGGAGAUGUGAACUAUACGGUAUUAAAAUGCAUGCGGCAAAGGAUCAUGAAGGUGUACCAUUGAAUAUAGCAGUAGCGCACAUGGGAAUCGUAGUGUUCCAGCACUUUACGAAAAUCAAUACAUUCAGCUGGGCCAAGAUCAGGAAGAUAUCAUUCAAACGGAAAAAGUUCCUCAUCAAAUUGCAUCCUGAAGGAUAUGGCCACUAUCGCGACGUAGUUGAAUUCUUCUUUAAGGGACGCAACGAGUGUAAGAAUUUCUGGAAGAAGUGUGUGGAGAAUCAUGGCUUUUUCCGGUGUUCGAGUGUUCCGAAACUGCCCAGACAUAAGACUAAAGUGCUGUCACGUGGGUCUUCCUUUAGAUAUAGCGGUAAAACACAAAAGCAGAUCGUGGAAUUCGUUCGAGAUAACUAUGUGAAGCGGCAAACAUUCCAAAGGUCGGGAUCGUUCCGCGCGUCGCGGUCGGCGGGCGGCUCUCGGGCUAACGUGUCGCACACGACGCCGCUCAACGCGAGCGUCUCGGCACAUCCACUAUUGCCGCUGCCACCCGGCUCGGAUGCGAUUUCCCUGGAGUGGGACAAGCAACCUCACUACCUGGAAGCCUCGCUGAUGAUGCGAGGGUAUUCCGUGGAAGCUGCACGCGAGGCGGCUCGUCCCCAAUCCUGCACGGACACGGACACAGCCACGGACACGGCCACGGACAUGGACACGCCCACGGCCACAGCCACCCGCACUCCCCGCACACCCCGCACCCCUCUCGCUCGCCCGCCGCCUCCAGCUACCGCCUUUGCUUCCACGAGGGACAAGGAGAGUCCCGAACUAGUGACCCAUGCCGAGGUCAAUCAUCAUCCUACGGAGGAUUCACCUCUGCCUCAUCGGACGAUGACACCGUCGGAAUGCCAGGAGACGCCGUGGAAGGUUGGUCGCGAGGUCCGCGCGCGCGCUCCCACUCCGCCGCUUCGUGCCCGCCCCCCCGCAGGUCAGAAUGCCGUCACCUCCCCCCCCUCUAGCCUCUACCCUGACUUCGUGCGCGCCAAGCAUCGUUCCAGCUUCAGCGAGUCCUCCGAGCGACUUGAGUUCGAGCUGUCGCAGACCAACAUCUACUCGGCGUGUCCGUCGGUUCGCUCGUCGCGAUCGGGCGGGUCAGUGCCGCUGGAUGAGGCAGACGAGUUCGGCACGCCCCCGAGAGCAUUGGGGCGACGUAGCGCUUCGUGCCGCAACCUGCGCGACUUCAGCUUCGAUGAGGCCGGCCGCUCCAAGCGCGACACUCGCAGCCUGGCUGCCGACCUCGACGCGUGUUCGCGCCGCAUCGACUCUCCCGUCACUCGGUACGACGCUCGCGCCUUUGCGCUUUCCUUUCAAAAUUCUAUCGACUCUCGCGUCGGCUCCCUUUGUCGAGCUUACUCGUCCAGCUUUCCGGGCGCAAUCAGCGAUCCGCGUCUCGAUUUGCCGGCGUUCCGAGCCGGCUCGCAAGACGACAUAUCGCACGACAGCUACGAAGUUAUCGAGCGCUCGGACGACGAGGGCUCCGGUAGAUACGCUCGUAUCCGCCACAGCUCUAUUGAGGGUAGGACUAGGUCGUGUUCGCUCGAUUCGGGUAACGAGCUCUUGUCGGAUGACGAUCACUCGUUGUCGAUAACCGAGGAACCCAAUUUGACGGCGGCGGCAUUAAAGUACAAAAGCGAUAAUGAUUUGCCUAUCGACCCGUUUCUCGCGGACGAUCCGCGCGUUCUUCCGCGGGAAAAACUCUCGGUUCGUUCUGACGGUAACUUUUAUAAAGAGAUCAAACGGGUCCUCGGAUCUCGAACGUCCAGUCAGGAAUCUCGAAGCGAUAUUUACGAUUCUAAAAUGUCUAAAAGUAGUGCAGAAUCUAGUAAGAAAUCGCGUGACAGCGUUUAUCACACUGACAGUAAAAAGUCACGCGAGACGAUAAAGAGUAAAAGCUCUGACAGGUCGGGUUCGCGGACCUCCAGUCAAGAUUCCAAAUCCGAUUAUUAUGAUUGUAAAAAGAAUUUGUACGAUGCGGACGACGUAAGCCUAAGACGCCGUAGUAUUGCUAGUAUACAAGCUGCCUAUAUCGAUCCCUUUGACCCUAUUUCGCCUUCGUCGAGCCCAGAUUCCGGUAAAGAGUUUUAUGAUGCUCAGUCAACAUUUGUAGGUAUGGAGAAACCCGAAUAUAGCGAGAGAACUCUCGUUGAUAAGUCUCAUGAAAACUUAAUUGCAAGAAUUGCUACAUUACCCAACUAUUACCAUAUUCCUACACCUUAUUCGACAUUCCCUAGUAAUAACAAACACAAAGAGCAUUCGCCUAUGCAUUCUGCAAGUCUACAACACGUUGAACUGGAUCAGUAUGGCAACUAUUCUGAUUUAAGCCCGCCCAAAAAAAUUGAUGACUUAUCCACAGAAGAAGAGGAUAAUCAUCCUAGAACUACUCAUAUUUGGCCCGAUAAAAUUGCAGGUUUAGACACAGAAAUCGAUAGUAAUAGAACCGUAAAAAUACAAAAUUAUCAGAGACGCCGAUCGUCUGAAACUAUUUUUAGUUUUGAUAAAGAUAAAAUAGAAUCAUUAACACGAUCAACGAGUAAAGAAAACCCACCGUGCCAUCUCGUCAAAGAGUCGUCUAAUGAGUCAGAUGUGAAUGUGAGGAUAUUACCGGCUAUGGAUAGUAUCGAAUAUGCUAAAAGUCGAGCAAAGACUGCUUCGAAAUCAGAGACUGCACCAAUACUCCAAUCAGAGUUUGAUAAAACGAUGCGGGGAAAGAUCCAUACACAUAUUAUAAGAAAGGAAAAUUUAAAAGAGGAGCUUAUGGCUAAAACACACUUUGACGAAUAUCACCCUAAACUCAUUUUAGACACUAGUUCUAGUAGUCGUCUCGCUGAUAAUGCUGCUCCAUACAUACAUCCUACUGUUGAAAGAACAAAGAGUGAUCCCAAUAGCUUGGCCAAUAGACCUCGAUUCAGCAGUGUCAAUUCACGAAGACAUGUGUUGAUGCACCAAAAAUCCAUUGAUCUCACUCCAGCAGAGUCUAGCGACGAAGAUUAUAUUUUUCGACAAAUACCAAGUGCACCACCAAUUGCCACAAAACGAUCACAUUUUGAACUACCAAUAAGAUAUGCAGAACAAAGGCCAUGUUUUGAUUUGCCUAAAAACUACUUUAAGGAGUUUGAUGCAUUCAAAGCUGGAUUUAAUGACACAAAGAAAGUUGAAGACAGUUAUGACAUUCCAUAUGUUUUGCACAAGAGACAUAUUAUGAAUGGUACUGCACCAUCACCUAAUAAAGAUAAAACGCAGCCGCCUGAUAUAAUAACUUUACCGCCACAAAAUGGUCGCCAUAUAAUUAAUGCCAUUCCACGAUGUAGAUAUCACGAUCAUCCAAAAUCACCGCGUUCACCAAAGUCUCCUAAAUCACCUAAAUCGCCAAAGUCGCCGAAAUCCCCCAAGUCACCCAAGUCACCGAAAUCUCCGAAAUCUCCAAAAUCACCUAGAAACAGUAUGCAAGCUGAUCACGCUAUGAAAUUUCUCGAUGUGGAGAAUAGAGAUUUCUUAUUCACCCAAAAUAUUGACUUAUCAAAGGUUGAUCCCAUAACAUUAGAAGUGGAUAAAAGUGGAAAAAUGCAACACUUGCCUAGUCCAAAAAGGGAUAUUUCAAAAUGUCUGGAUUCUGCUUUGUUAGAAACAUUAAAUUCUAAACUAAGUCAAAUUGAAAGUGACUCGGCCACUAGUUCUAAAACGGAUAGCAUGAGGCAGGAUCAACAAUAUUUCCAUGAUAUUAAGUUUGCCAUAAAUGGGCGGAAUCUACCUCAAGCUCCAAUAUGUAAGGACCCUAAACCACUCUCAGCAUCAGAAAAGUUACGAGCUGAUAUUAAAUCUAAGUCUGACAAAUUGCCUCCAAAAAGAGCUAUUAAACUAAGAGGUAGUGGAAAAAAAGGUACUGGCGGAAGAAUAAAAAACAAAAACAGUAAUAAGAUUAGAAUUACAUCUUUUUCAUCGGAUGAUGAAAGUGUUGACUCUGAUGACGUUUUUGGAAUUACAGAAGCUGCGCCAAAACUUGAAUUUUCACCACCUCAAUCUCGUAAAGAACUAGAACCUAUUUUACAAUUAGAGUAUGAUAAGAUAACAUCGGGAGCUUGGCAUAGAGGUCAGACCAUGAGUUCCACAGAAAUAGAGGGUUCUCCUCCUCAGUGUAGAAAGUUAGCGGAACUAGAGGCAAUGUAUAAACCUCAUAUUUUAGAAAAUACAUCUGGUAAUGCAACAGAGUUGAGGCGUAUCUCAGAACGAUCUAUAUCGAUUCCUAGUUCUGAAGACGACAUAGUCUUAAAGGCGCCUGACAUUAAACAGUUAAGUAAAGAAAGUUCUUCAACUUGGGAGUAUAAUGAAAACAUUCCUUCGCCUAUUUUAGAAAGUACUGAGUUUUUAAAAUCUGACGAUGAACAUCUAGCCGAUAUGGAAAUACAAAAAGUUACUGGAAUGCCAACACCAACACCGUCAGAAGAUAAAGGAGACAACACACAACCUAUCAAAAAGGAAAUCAAUAAGCUGGAUAUAAAAAAAAGUCUUCGAGAUGAAUUAAUAUCUCCUAUGCUGCGAAAAGGAGGUGGAACUCCUAUUCUUUUCGCUCAUGCCCGGUUAAACCUUUCAGAAGGUUCAGUAUUUUCAUUGCAGCGUCAAAAGGCUACGCAAGAUUCCCCUACUGCAAGUAGGCGAGCGAAAAGUUUAGAUACACCAGUUAUUCAACUACAUCGUUUACCUCCGAUGAAUGCAUUUUCGUCAAAAGAUGACACUAUGGAGGAUACAAAUGAAGAGGGUGACAUAUUAGAAGAGAAACCUUUAAUCGAAGAUAAAUUAUCAAAAAUUACCACAGUGGAAGAAGAGUCCAUCGAAAAAAUUGAGGAGGAAGACGAGGACCAUAAUUCUGAUACCAAAACAGAAUUAAAGUCUGUUGCAAUUGAUAACGAGGAAAUGAAAUUGUUAGAGGGAUUAGUCGAGCAGAGACGUCCACGUUCAUUUAAGCGACAACAUGAUUUAAAUAAAAUAAAGAACCAAGCCAAAUCACCUUCGCGAUCUCCAAUUAACCCUUCACCGAUAUCUCGUUCGCCAUUAUCAAAAUCACCCUCCAGAUCACCUACUUCGUCAUUAAACUCUCCUAGAGGAAGUAUACGAAAACUGUCUGACUUAAGUGAAGAUCAGAUUGUACCUGAUAUAGAAAGGAUUAAACGGAAAGAUAAGAAAAAGUUUACCAUCAAAGCUAAACCUGAAGAAAAGCAAAAGCUAACAAGCAAACUUAAUAAAUGUGGCUCUUUAGAUACAAAUGCUACUAGAGUAAAAUCUUUGCAAACGCAAAAAUCAUUACCGUCAUCGCUCAAAGAAAGACCAGAUUUCCUGACUGUUCCACCAUUAGACAUGGUUCGUGCUAAAAGUCAAGAAAUUGAGCAGACUAUUAAAAAAUCUACAAAAGAAAAAUCUAAAUCUCUUGAGAAAAUGGAAGUUAAAAGGGGAGGUAGUAAAGAGCGCACGAAAUCUCAGGAAGAUAGUGAUACUGAAAUUGCUAAACGAAAGGAAAAGCAGCAAAUGUUGUUUGAAGCUGCUUUAAAACAAACUAAAACCUUAAUCAGUCCAGUAAAAGAUACUUUACCUCCUUUCCCACCACCCGAAGAUAAAAUAGUCGUUAAAACAGAAGGGGAUAAGAUAAUAAUCGAAACCAAAAUAAAUAGUAAAGCAGAAGAUCACGUCUUCAUAGCAAAGUCGCCAAAAAAAUUAGAUAAUAAAAUAGGUGGAAAAAUCAGUAGAAGCUUCGAAGAUCAGAAAGCGGCAAGUUCCAACAGCAAAAUUAACAAAAGCAUGGAUGAUAAAAAUAGUCAAUCCUUAGAAGACAGAUUCGAUGAAAUUGCAGCACUGACUAAGUCUCCAAAAACUUUGUCAAAGAAACAAGAAAUAAAGCAGCAGAUAGAAGGUAAGGUUGUAUAUCAAAAAGUUCAUUCCAGUAUUAAGUCUAAGAGCUUAGACAGAAAAGUGGAGAACCAGCUUGAAGCCAAAAUAAAAUCCAAAAGCUUGGAUAGAAAUUAUGUUACUCCUUCAACAAUAAUGCAGAAUGAUGCUUAUAUAUGCAAUACAAAUAAACAUUUCAAACAGGAAGUUGUAACAGUUGACGUUCAUCCAGUAGUAAAGGAAGAAUCUGCUAAAGAUGAUACUAAAGAUUUAUCGCCCUCAAAUAGUUACAAAGAAAAAACUGAAGAUGACUCUUCUAUUGAAUGGAUUACUAAUUCUCAGUACACUGUUAUUGAAAACGAUACCCAACAUGUCAUUAUGGAGAGAAGAAAAAUUGAAAUCUACAAUAAACAACGCCAGCACGAACUCCGAGAAAGUAAAAGCGAUAAGGAUAUUUAUACCUUAGUUACGGAAAAUAAACCUGAAAUUACACGUCUGACUAGCGAAGAAGAGUCAUUAACUGAAGUGAGUGAACUAAAAAUGUCAGAUGAAAGUAAUAUGUUAGGUUUAUCGCUUCCUUAUAUUGAUGCAGAUAGUUCUUCGGAUCAAGAUCAAACAAUAAAGGACAAGAAAUCCAAACUGUACCGUGGCAGAAGUGAUGAUACGGGCUCGUGGAUGACUGUUGACUAUGACGAUUACACUACUGAGACCGAUGUGCCAUUGUCAGACAUAAGUAAGAAAGGCUUAGAACCUCAAAGUACUUUUGAGGAAUCAUCUGCGAGCUUGAUUGAAUUUUUAAAACAUGAAACUAUGUCCCAAAUUCCAGAUAAUGACACAGAACGGUUGCUUCAAUCAAAACUGCGGUCCGGUAGAGAUGACUUAUGUCUUAAAUUCAAAAACAAAAAUAAAAUAAUUGUUACUCCACCCCAGGAAAAUAGUCCUACUGUUGAAAAUAUUCCGUUCAUAGAGUCUAGUACAUCGAAAUAUGUACAAAAAUCGGAAUCCGGUGAACAAACAGGUAGUUCUGGUAGCACAAAUGAUGUAUCGCCUACUGAGCAGAAAAAUGAUCAAAGAUCUUUAUUAAGUGCUAAAUCAAAACGAAGUGAAUUGUUAAAGUUAAGCGCGGAACGAUCCCGAAGUUCUGAGUCAACAUCGUGGACUAGUAUAGAAAAAGAUUUGAGUCCAUCCAGUUCAAAUAUUAAAGGUAGUUCAAUUGAUGAUGAAUCGAGUGUCAGUUGUUCGAUAGCACGGCCGUUAGGUAUAUCUCAAGAUAUUGAAAAGUUAAAUAAGAAAGACCGUGAGUGCUUAGAAGAACUUAAACAAGCUAUGGAAUAUGGUGAAGAGCAUUUGUUGUCUCAACAUACAUUUUCUAGCGAACAUUCUAAGUCAAACUCUAAGUCGCCAUCACCAAUACCAGAAUUGGGACGUAUUGAAAGUCCUCGCAGUCCUUUAAAAUUAGGAACUAGAAAGUCACCGACCCCCACCUUAGAGAAACAAGGACCGGUUGAUUCUCAAAAAGGGCCUUCAGACUCUGAAUCAAGUUCUGAGAGUUUAGAUAAAACAGUUGAACAAUUAACACGACCAAGUGUUAGAAAAAGUGCUUUGGAUAAAAUUGGUAAAUGUGUAAUUGAAGAAUCCGAAUCUAGUCAAUCUGCUACAUCCAAAGACUCUGAAAUAAAAAAGGAAUUAGAAAGAACUGUCAAGAAAACAAAAAUUGCUAUUACUAUUUCCCAAGAAGAUCAAAAUACUACAAUAGAUUUUGAUGACGAUGGAAAUGUUAUAACAUCAUCCUUUGAGCGUGAAUUAAUGAGAAAGAGGGCAUUAAAAGAUACAGAUCAAAAAAGUUCUUCCAAGUCUAGUAUAGAUACGACAACAACCCCAUCUAAAGGAUCCCUUAGUGUUGAUGAUUCAUCGUCACGUCGUAAGUGUCGUCUUGACGAGCAAAAGAGUUCUUCUAAAUCGAGUAUGGAUUCUAGGGGUUCACUUAGCGUUGAAUCUAGAGGAUCAUUUGAAACAACUGAAUCAACAUCAGGUUCAUUGGGAGAAGCUUAUCGGCGAGGUGAAGAAUUAAAACCAACAUGGCGGCCGUUCUUCGGUGCUUCUGGAAGUGAAAAUAGUACCAGUAUUGAAGAAGCUUGGAUUCCACAAGAUCAUGAAGGCUAUGAAAGUCUGAAUAUUACCAAAGACGUUUUUGACUAUGGAAAUCAAAGAAUGCUUGAUGAUUUCCAGUCAUUUUCAAAGAAUCCACCACUUUCAGCGAAUACUUCAAAAGACUCUACAGAUGCAGAGUUUACAGAUGAUCUUAAUGAUUUCCCUGUUAAUUUUCUUUAUCCAGCAACUUCUUCAACUGCUUCAGAUGUCGUUAUAGGUUAUGGUCAGAAUUUUGGACGGACUUUGUCUCGUAUAUCAGAACGUAGCACAGCAUCUGAAAAAACCAGCGCUGAUGAAGAUUCUACAAAAGCAUGUUCGAGAUCAGAGAGUAUUAAUGAAGAAUCGCUGAAUUCAAGUGACCACCAAGCUAGUCUCAGUUCUGACCCUCCAAGUAAUGCAAAUGUUGCAUAUAUAUCUGAUACUGAUAGAAGAACUUCGGCAGAGAUGCCAGAUAUUCCUAUCGACCAGACAAAAAUAAGUGAAAUGUAUUCAGAAUCAAAGAAAGACCCCGAUAAGAAGAUUAGAAAGGGUGAUGAGUCAUACUUACAAGCAAAAUCAGGCGAUGGAAACGUAAAAGGAGCUUCAAGCCUCUUUCUGCCGUCUAAACAGUCAUCAGCCAGUGAAAGUCAAGAGUCAGAAGAUUGGCCUUUACCGGAAUUACCACCUCAAGUUCCAAAAAGAAAUGAGUCAUCAGAAGUGUCUCGUCAAAAAUCUAGCGAUAUGGAUGAAGUACCUUCACUUCCCUCCAGUGAGGGAGUCUUAACAACUCCCAUUGUUGAUAAAGUACAGGUUUACUAUAUGAGUAAUGAACCAGAACAAGCCACUAAAGUAACUAUUCAGUCAGAGAGUUCGAAAACACAUUUAGGUUCGGAUGAUGAUAGUGACACUCUGAAUAAUGACGAAGAACUAGAACGGGAUGUUCAAGAAUCAAAGUCCGAAAAAUCUCCCGAGCCAAUAUCUGAUGAUCCAAAAAAACCCCAAAUUAUUCCUUACGAUAAAUCUGGCUACAUGGUUGAACCUCUUGACAAACAAGUUGAAGUGAUAUCUGUUAAUAAAGGCACUAUUCCUAGUUAUGAUAAAUCCUGUUUAAGUUCAACUAUAACGAAAGCUUCAUGUUUUAUGGGAGACGUAGGAUCCUGUUGUACUACUGCAGAUCCUAAAUCGUUCAAUAACAAAAGUAACAUUGAAGAUAAAGUUAUUAUUAACCAACCUCAAAAAUCGCCAACUAACCAUAGUCCGGUCUAUGAUGAUGAUCAUGCUUACACUGAUGAUGUUUUUGGAGCUGAUAGUAAAAGUCUAUCACCAGAUUUCGAUAAAGGAUUUUCGCAAUUUAGUGGACACAAAGUAUCUUGUGGAUCGAACAAUUCAGACACUUCAAUAGAUGAUUUAUUGUCACUAACUAAUGCUGAUGAAACAGUUCGUGCACUUGCUAAACUUAGUAUUAGUGGUACAGGAACUUGUAAACGUUGUAGCCACAGCAGUCAUUCUGAAGAGGAGACGAGUUCUUUUGGUACUGAUUUGGAUGGUACUGUUAAAAUCGGGCUCCCUCAAAAGAAAUGUACGCAUAGCUCACAUUCUGAAGACACUUCAAUUUGUUUAAGCAUUUCAGAAUGGUCUACCGGCACAAACACUGUUCGGCAAUAUGCGAACCUCUCUGCGUCUGAGAGUAUUUCAGCUGUAUCGAUACCGAAGAGUGAAAAAUCGGACAAUACUACUCCGAAAUCUUUUCCAUCUUCGCAUGCUAGUAAAAAACUUGACCAACAGCCGAAAAUUGGAUCACAAACUGAAAUCAGCUCUAAAAGUAGCAGCCUAGAAAAGAGUUCUGAGAAUAAUAUCAAAUAUGAUAAACUAUGUAGUUCUGAAACUACGAUUUCAAAAAAGUGCAUGGAUAGUUCGGGUACUAAAAGCGAUAGUACAUUAACUCUUGCUCAGUCUAUAUCGGAUUGGUCAGCAAGUACAAGUCAUACGCUUGUUGCUACCGCUAUGGAAGAUCAGCCUGGUCUAGAAACAUCUGAUUAUAUCAAACACGAAUCUAUAAUUAUUAAGGAACCCAGCAUUGAGGAGGAUUUUGAGUUCGAAAUAGAAGAAGAUGAUAAGCAAUCUCCAAUAAAAGAAGGUGACGUGAAUGUUGAGGAAAUAUCGCAGCUCUCUAUGGACAGAUUAGCAACUAGUUCCGCAAAACCUGAGAAAUUUUCGUCUGUUAGUUAUAGUGACAAAUCUGACAAAUCCAGCUCUAGCUCUUUAAGUAGCCUCCAAAAGCACACAAAUGGAAUAUUUAAAUUUGACCAAAGAUUAAAAGGCUAUCCCUCUUCUUAUGACCUAUCUCAAACGCGAUUCCUUAAAGCUCCUCCCAAAAGCCUUAGCUAUGAAGAACAAACGAAUAGAUUUAUAAAGCCCACGCUUAGAUGUCAAAGUGAAGAUAGUGAUUUUAAGCCGUAUUAUGGUCAGCAAUCUGAAAUUGACAUAGAUAUGCCUUCGCAAUUGUAUAGCCAAGAAGACAAACAUACUGAACGAUAUCAAAGUCAAGAGUUCUCGAAUAUAAUUCGGGAAGAAACAAGUGGUCAAUUCAUCAGAUCUGAUUAUAAACCUCUGUCUAAACAUGCCAGUUACGACGAUAAAACACUAUCGAAAAAUCAAAUAAAGGAAUACAAAACUUCUCAGCAAUAUCGUAGUAAACCUAAAAGUUGGUCUUUUCAUGAACAUUACCUUGGGACUGCAGAUUUGCCAGUUAUAGCAGUUCCAGAAUUGCCACCCAUACAUAGAGACUUUCAAGAGAAGAAGUCUAUUGAACGAUCUGGAAAAACUCCAUUGUCGAGAUGUUCUCCUUACUAUUCGAGUAGCCUUAGUUCAGAAUCUCCACCAAUUCAACCAAUCAAAGCGCCAGUUAAAAAGUCUUUGCUUGUAAGAAAUAUUUCUUUAAAAAGUCCUCCGAGUGGGAAUGAUACCGAUAGUUCUUUAGAUGUUAUUCGGGAUCCACGCGAGCGAAUGAAGACCUUUAGGCGAAAGAAGCAAGUUACUAGUACACGUAGGAGGCAGGAAAAAAUACAAGAUGUUUUGGAAGAAGAUUCAACUAAAAGUCCAUGUUCCUCUGAAAGUGAUAAACUAAAAGGUUCAUAUUUAGUCGUUGAAGACACAUUACGAAGGAUGGAGAGCUCCGAGUGCUCAGACAGCUAUGUCCCAGAAGUCGAAUCUGGUUCCUCGGAGUUGUCAAAAGCGGAUUCUCAAAAUUAUGACGUUCAAGAAGUAAGCUAUUCCGAAGAUGAAGAUCAACAUGAGUAUACUAUUUAUAAAAAUGUCUCGUAUGAUCAGCAAAACUUUCCUAUACCGAUCGCGCCAGUACAGUUUCAAGGUUUUGGUUCUUCUGCUGACGAAGAUGAAAUGGGUUUCCCAAGGUUCGAUAGAUUGGGACGACUACGUCAUCCGUAUCUCGAUUCUCAAGAGCCACCGUUUGUACCUGAGGAUAGUCCUCCCAGGGCUUCAUACUCUAAUAAGAGCAGCCGUCAAUCCUCAUUAAAAAGGGUAAAGUCAGCUGGUGGGUAUCGAUCUGAGGAUAAAUCGCUCGGUGAGUCUUCUGGCCAGCACCAGAUGAGGUCUAAAUAUUAUGAAGAGCAAAGUGACAGGGACGAUUCUGAUGAUUACGCAUAUCCUGUAGAUACUAUUAAACGGGCUCCAAAGAUGCCUAAAUCUACUAGCUACUUAUUGGAGCGCGGCGAAUCUGUCGCUUACUCAGAUUCGGACCUACCUCACGAUAAAGAUGAAUUCGAGGCAUAUAGAGGCAGUCCCUACCCAGAUCGGUAUGAGGAGGACGACAUGUUUCAAACGCAAGAAUGCUAUCCGCAAUUUGAGCAUGACAGUGAAGUUAGUCAACAGCGCUUUACUAGAGAUCUUGACCAACGCUUUAGCUUGAACAACGUAGAACGGUUCUAUUCCAGUCACUACGUGGACUCACAGGCUUCUAGCGACAGCCCCGAGCAAAAAUUCGAUGUAUCUAAUUUACCGCCUCCUCUUUGCUCGGACGAUGAGCGCGAUUAA